CCAGUACCUGCACCUUCUCCUACUUCCUUGUUAGUGUCUAUCUCGAUCUUCAUCUCACAUCGUGAGGCAACCCCUCGAUUAAAGCGUGCUGCUUCCUCUCGUAUUUGCAAGAUCGCAUCAUUGGAGUAGGCAUGAACAUCUUCAAGAGCUUAAUCGGCAAAGUGUGGCGUCCAGGAUCCCAAUGCCGCCGAGGUCGUCAAGAUUCCCGCCGGUCAACUUUACCUUGUUCGCCCAGGUCUGUGAGCCACUGUAAGCGGGGAUAUAAUCUCAACUCAACAGGAAACAUCCGGACUUCCGGGAAUGCAUGUGGGUACUUUCGUGCUAUGGAUAUGCACCAAGCUGAGUGUGGCACUUCCAGAUACAAUGACGCCAUGGCUACCAUCCGACGCGUUUCUGCUGUGGAACAUCACUUCCAGCUUGUUAUCACACGAGUUUACGAAGAAGGGGACCAAGAGUUACUGGAAGAUGAGGACGAGACCGACGAGGAGAAGACAUUUCUGAUCGCAGAAGAGCUUGAAUUCCGAACUGGAGAAACUGACGGUGAACCGCAUUUCAUUUGGCGCGAUCUGCAAGGCGACGUGGACGAGUUUUACGAGUAUGUGGCGGUCGGCACGAACGCGCCGACCCGUGCGUUCUUCGAAACUGCAUGUACCGAGCCAUGUAUGAGCGCAAGUAUAAGGCUGGCGCAGACAAUCUCAGCGAUAAGGAUCUGGAGGAGUUUGUAUUCAAGUGUACCUCCUAUUGUGAAUCCACCUGUGCGCCGAAAGAAAGUCGCUGCACCUCAAGAGACUGUUGUCGCAUCUGCUCCUGUCGCCCCAGCAGCAGUCUCUGCGCUUGCCGACUUUCCUGUUCUAAUUGAGAAAGAGGCGGCUCUAUUCUUCUGGGACAGCGAUAUCGCUGAAUUUGUUGAGCACGGUCAAGUUGUGGCACGAAUCUUACGCGGGGAAUCCUUUGAAAGCUGGUUGACGGCUUCCAACGAGGACGGACAACUGCUAGCGCACAAGAUACGCACUGAAAUGAACCAGCGAUGGACAAGCAAGAUGAGAUCGUUCACAUGGAAUCAUAUGGGGGAUGACGGUAACAUGACCAGCUGGGUCAUGCGUUUUGGUUCCCUCGAAGACUACGAGCCUUUCCUCCAAACUUUCACGCAAGCGCUAUGGGAGACGCUAUACCAAACGGCGUGGGCCAAAGCUAAGCCUGAUGAGCAAAGCUAUGUGAUGAGCGCAAAUGAAGACGUGGACAUGCCUGAUGUAUCUGAUGACGAGGAAGACGAAGAUCAGAUCCAUUCGGAGUUGGGCGCUGACGAGCCCAGUGAUUCGGAAGACGAGGAGACAGAAGAAGAGGAAGAAGAUGACGAGGACAAUCCUCGACCCGCUGACGGUGAACACAACUCACAGCUCACUGUUGGAUACAAGGGAGACAGAUCCUACGUUGUCCGAGGCAGCAAGAUCGGGUUCUUCACGAGGGGCAGCGAUUUUAAUAUGAAAUACGGGGGCACUAUCGACAAGCUUACUACACCGAAGGGCAAGGAGUUCCGCCCCAGCAAGGUCAUGCUGCACGAUCAAGACACCAAGAUGGUCCUGAAGAAUCCACUCGAUCCACAUUCGCUCUAUAGUCUGGACUUGGAGCGCGGAAAGAUAGUGGAAGAAUGGAAGGUGCAUGACGACAUACAAGUGGAUCAUAUCGCUCCCGAGAGCAAGUUUGCGCCUACGACACAAGAGCAAACACUCGUCGGCGCCUCUCACAACGCGCUGUUCAGGAUUGAUCCGCGUGUUUCGGGAACGAAGAUGGUUGAGAGUCAGUUCAAGCAGUAUGUUGCCAAGAACAAGUUCUCCGGUGUUGCUACAACCAAGGACGGUAAGCUAGCCGUAUCGAGUGAGAAGGGAGACCUCCGGCUGUUCGACUCGAUCGGGAAAAAUGCCAAGACAGCCCUGCCGCCAUUGGGCGACCCCAUUCUCGGUGUCGAUGUCACCGCCGACGGACGUUACAUUGUGGCCACUACGAAAACAUAUCUGCUUUUGAUUGAUACCUUGAUCGGUGAGGGCCGGUAUGCAGGUAGCCUGGGCUUCGACCGGAGCUUCCCGGCGAAUGCCAAGCCGAUUCCUCGUCGAUUGCAGCUUCGCGCUGAACACGUGGCCUACAUGAAUCACGACAUCUCGUUCUCACCAGCUAGGUUCAACCAAUCUGAGACCGACUCUGAGAACACUAUCGUCACGUCCACUGGCCAAUUUGUGAUUGCUUGGGACUUCAGCAAAGUCAAGAAGGGCUUGCUGGACAAAUACGAAAUCAAAAAGUAUGAGGAUAUGGUUAUUCAAGAUAACUUUAGGUUUGGAGACGACAAAGAAAUCAUUGUCGCCCUCAAGAACAAUGUCGUUGCCGUGAACAAGCAACAUCUCAAACGCCCGACCCGAGCCUCGCUCGGUGUUCCGCGCCGGGUUUCGCAGAGCCACUCUGGCAUAGUCAAUGCACCGUACUAGUCUAAUCUGUCUGCAUUUCAGGGUGAUAUGCUUUGCUGUGUAUUCCUAGGAGGGAUUAAGAUAACCUGUACAAUUACAUUUAUGCUGAUGAUCUCGUAGUUGGCCCAUCGCGGCUGUCGACAUAACGGCCGACGCCCAUGAACCACAUGACCCGUGGAAUAAGGAGAGAAAACCCAAGGAGAACAGUCGUGAUCAGCAUUGGACUCCAUUUCAGCACAUCCCAUCGCCCAGGUCCAAGCGCGUAUAGUGACAGAUAUAGGUGCGCAAUGUCCCCUAUAAGUAGGGGUGUCAGGAGAGCCGAAGCAAUCUUUUGUACCGCGUGAGAUUAUGCAGGUGAGUGAGACCCGGGAGCACGCGCCUUCUCCUGGAGAGCCGGAUUGAAGGCCAGAUGUUUGCGAGCAGCCGAAAGAAUACAGACGUUGAUUAAGCCCAGUAGUGCACAGACAUGUCCAAGUUGUACGAUUGUUAAUCGCGUGGCGAGCGGUAGUCCAUCAGGAGCGAUUCCGCUGUGAAAAUCAAGCUCGGUAUGUGCGCAUACAUCCGGAAAUUCUCACACACUUCGGCCAGGGGGCUUGGGAAUCAUGGGUCUUCAGGGAGGCAGUUGAGAUGAGUGCGACAACCUCACAGGCAUGGAACGACGUACAGCUUUGGGAUCUCUGGGUUGUGUCAGGCACAACGCACAAGAUACGGGACGAACCAGCACUCACAUCAACGCGCCCAGAAAGCCGAUCGUGGUCAGACACGGUUCAUAUAUGGCAAAGAGCACAUAAUAGUGGGUGGGUAUCGCGGAUAUGGAUGAAGAUCGCAUCUUGGGUUGCUGCCCCCCGCGCUGAACGGGUAAUGGCGACGGACCCUUGAGCCGAGAAACUAAAUCUGAAGGAUUGCGGCGGGGACUGCCCAUGAAAUGCCGAGGACUUGGCAAAUCGAGCUGACGGCACCGUGCAAGCUGUUGGCGUGGAGGUUGGGGUAUAGGUAGAGUGGUGGAGAGAACGGUGCCUGAUACUUGUUUGUGCCAUUUAUAACACGUCGUCGCGAAAGCCAGUCUUGAUGAAACCGCAUCACGAAGGCCAAUUGAAGGAUGAAGGGGGCCGGUGCCGAAUACGUCUGACGUAAGGGCUUACGCAAGCACCAGCUAUAAAAGCAAAAUUCCUUCCCCAAAUUUUCUCAUCUUACAUCUUGGGCUACUGUAAACCAAGGUGCACGGCAAUGUUGAUGCCGUUCCACCUAAUGGCGGGGCCCUAGAAGACACUGACGGAUAUAAUGCUUGCGUGUCUCUUCCGACUGCACACGAGCUUCGCUUCCUUCGAACACGCUGUCCAUCAGCCUCCUCAAUGCGGCAGUCGUACCUGGGUCGUUCAUCACUUGCCUGUCCCGUCGGAGUGGGAGCUAUUCUGUUGGUACGGAAGCAGUUGGAUUUUAGAUGUCGCGUGUAGUAGGAAAAAAAAACUUUUUACAAUCGAUCCAAUCAAGAUUUUAUAUUCACUACUAUCACUGCUCGUGUCUUUUCGAACAGUUGGCAAGCAUGCUAAUGAGUGCGGUCGUGAUUGGUGGACCAAUACGACCGGGAAGUGAUUGUUUCGGACGCUCACUGUCGUUCUUCCCUCCUUCGACUCAUGUGGCAUGGGCCCUGCCCUCCCUUCCCAAUCUGAACCCCCACUGGUUCCCAAGACGUUCCAUCCUUUCUCUCCAGAUGUUAUCGCAUUGCUUAUGCCCUUUUCCGUGUUCGGAGUGCUUGCGCGACUGGGUUUGACUGCGUUGACGACAUACAAUGGACAAAGUAUCUUCGCGCUCAUAUACUCUCAAGCGCUCGGUUGCUUCGUCAUGGGGUUCUGUUUGGCUUUGAAGGAUCCGUUCAGCCGGUACUAUCCCCCAGCGUACACAGCUCUUACCUCCGGUUUCUGUGGCUCCUUGACAACAUUCUCUAGCUGGCAGCUAGACAUAUACAAAUCAUGGAUCAGCGCAGGCGGUGAUUCGCGUUCCGGGCUGAGCGAUGCAAUAGAUGGCAUAUGCAAAAUUGUCUUCACUGUUUCAGUGUCGCUGGCGUCCCUUCAAUAUGGCAUGCACGUCGCCCGGCUUGCGGUCCAGGCGCAGCUCUUCCCUACCCUCUCUCCGCCAGGGAAACUUGCACGUGUCACAUUCAUGGUUAUCAGCGUGUGUGUUUAUGCUGCAACAUUGCCAACGUUUUUCCUCCUUCCCAGAGCAUAUCGCCCUGACGCCACCGCCGCUAUGCUCUUUUCGUUCCCCGGCACGCUCACCCGCUACGUCCUUGGGAUUCUCCUCAACCCUGUCGUCCCAGCAUUCCCGCUAGGGACGUUCGCUGCCAACAUGUUGGGCACCGCGCUUCUGUCCGCCUUUCAUAGCCUACAGAGCAUAUCGAACCAUCCUGUGUCUCCUGCCAGCUGCGAUAUCUUGCAAGGGUUGGCGGAUGGAUAUUGCGGGUGUCUGACUACAAUCAGCACAUUCUUCGCGGAAGUAUGGACGCUGAAGAACGUUGGGCACCGAUAUAGAUACGCACUGGUCACAGGGAUCCUGGGUCAAAUUAUCGUUAUCUGUAUCUUUGGCGGUCCACUUUGGGGUGGCAAAGUUUCGACGACGCAGACCUGUCUUUUUGACUAGCUUGAGGCUCAUCGCGAGUCCCGGCGCCAUCCACAACGCCCAGUAGAAUCACAUCUGAUAAUAAAUCGUGUGCGGGAACAGAGCAAAUAGAGGAUGUGAGCGGUCGCAGACAUGAUAUUCAAUGAGUUGCGCGCUUGUGAGAGUCAGCUCUUAAGAUCUCCAAGUCUUGUUUAGCCGGUGUAGUUUUUGAUUGCAACAAUACACACCUUUCACCUCUACCAUCACGUCGCGUCUUCCGAAAUGUCGCGGCCAACCGAAGAACUCAUAAGUGGAGGGGAUGAAGUCAUGGAGGAGCAGGAAGAGCAAGAUGAGCAGGAGGACGGAUACACGUCGUCUACUCCUACCUCCACUUUGACAUGGAUAUCCUGGUUUUGCUCACUCCCCGGGCACGAAUACUUCUGCGAAGUCAGCGAAGAGUUCAUCGAAGACGAUUUCAAUUUGACUGGUCUGAACUCGAUGGUGCCUUUUUGGAAAGAAGCGAUGGAGAUGGUCUUGGACGUUGAACCAGAUGAAGAUGCAGCGAAGAUACCCGACGUGUCCAUCGUAGAAUCAUCGGCAGAGAUGCUCUAUGGGAUGGUGCAUCAACGAUACAUUUUGGGAAGGGCAGGUCAGCAAGCUAUGGUGGAAAAGUACGAAAGUGGUGUUUUUGGCUCAUGUCCCCGCGUAUACUGCGUUGGUUGCAACGUUGUACCUUGUGGACGCUCUGAUAUACCCGGACUGGAUACAGUGAAACUGUUCUGUCCAAAUUGCAACGACAUCUAUGUUCCCCCUAGCAGCCGCUUCCAGGGUGUCGAUGGGGCCUUCUUUGGAACCACUUUCGCGCAUCUCUUCUUCCAGAACUACCGCGAAUCAGCUCCGGCCCCCUUUUGGAAACCUCCUCCGCCAGGUCAGGCAUCUCCACGUAGUGCUGCACUGAACCGUGGGACACCCUUCGUCAACCCAAAUCCAUACGGCGGGCAAAAGAGGGCCAAUGGAUACGUUUAUGUUCCACGAAUCUACGGUUUCAAAGUCAGCGAACGAGCCAAGUGUGGGCCGAGAAUGCAGUGGCUACGAUUGCGGCCAGAAUCUCCGGAGGAACUGGAUCAGGUAGAUUGGCGAGGUCGAUGGAUAGAUGAGGAAGAUUAUGACGAGGACGACGAGGACGGAGGGGACAGGCAGAUGGAAGACUUUGAUCCGGAUGCAGUCGACGAUGAAGACGAUGAGGAGGAGGAGGAAGAGGAGGAAGACGACGAUGGGGAAGCAAUGCAAGGCCAGACGCGUCAUGGCCAUAGACAAGCGAAUGUCCCUGUGACAGUGAGCCACGCAGUCCGAGCCGUUCCAAUAGUCGUGGGAGACUCAAAGGCAGCCAUUGUCACCAUGACCCCAGGAAAGCUAAAGAUUGUUCGACGGCCGGCAGAGAUCAUGGGGCUGGCUUAGUUGUCUAUCUUUUGUUUUUGUUUUUCUGGUAACAGUUUCCGAUAAUCUACAUAACAAUGGUCAAUCUAAUCAGGUCCUUAUCGAUUUCAUCACACGUGAUUAAGAUCACGUGCUACUAGCAAGCUCGGCAUCAGCGUCUGAACAAGGCCGACCUUGCAAAUUCCAAGCAUCCCCUCAAGACUAGUCGACGCCAUGGCCCGUACCAACAUCAGUUAUGGCCUCAACCGCGGCCACCCCACCACGGCCAUCCCCAAGACCGUCCGUCCCAGCCAGCGCAAGGGCGUUCAAUCCACAAAAACGAAGUUCGUUCGGUCGAUCGUUCGUGAGGUGGCCGGAUUCUCUGCCUAUGAGCGUCGGGUAAUGGAGCUGUUGAGGAACUCCAAGGACAAAAAGGCUCGCAAGCUCACCAAAAAGCGGCUUGGGACAUUGUUGCGCUCGAAGCGCAAGUUGGAGGAGCUGCAGAGUGUCAUCCAGGAGAGCAGACGGGCGGGCCACUAGAGCGUUGGAUUGCAUCAAUAUGAACCCUAUGCUGCCUUGUAUUUCUCAUGCGACUAUGUGGGCCUGCACACGACUUUUUUGCUCCCUCUCUUCUCCGCCUCCAAUAAUCCGCGAUGUCUGUUACGUUGUGAUCAAAAUGCCGGCUUUCGAGAAUCUAGCCAAUGUCUGUGACAGCGCACACGCUCGUAGAAUGUUCCCUGACGUCGAAAUGAAUGGCAGUUUUAUGUCUGCCUUGGAGUUUGCCUUUGUGAGCCUUGGUGGACAGACCAGAAUCCUGCCCUUGUCGAAUUGUCAAUGUUGAUCGGAUGAUCUUUGAGACUGGGUAAACGCAGAAACGUGAGGUCGUCCGGCGCGUUCGGG